CUAUGGCAGAUCUCAUUUAGGUUAACAAACCCCCCGGUUACUGAACUAGUUUGUGGAAAGAAUUAAGUUUGUUAACCGGGGGUUGACUGUACUGAGCCCUUUCUCUGUGUAUACAGAUCCACUGCUCUGUAUAUACUGCACAAAUUUUCUCUACAUGCAGAUGUCCUGUGAGAAGUUUUUGCACCAUACAAAAACUUGUGCAAAAUCAAUUUUACAGUUUUUUACAUUUUUUUGCAUUUUACACAAUGGACAGCAUGAAAAAUUGCUUUUCUCAGGUCAAAAAGUUUAGUUGGCAUGUGCUGUAUAUGUACAAUGAGUGCCAUUCUAUAUAUGGCAUGCAUUGUAUGUACAGCAUGUUUCAUUUUAUACAUGGUGUUAUUUACCUCAUGUGCACUGUUCAACCCUGGGACAGUGGAGGGUUCUUUCCCAUUGCAGGACAUAGUUGGAUUAUUUUUGUAUCCUCCCACAUUUUCCAAUAGGGCCAGGAAAGCCCUUCCAGUUGGGCUGAAUCCAAGAAAAACCUGUUACUCAAAUGAGCAUUUUUUUAUUUUCCUGCACCAUUUUUUUUAUUGCCUAGGAAAAAAAAAACAGUGUGAUUUUUCCCUGUGCACUCAAUCCCCUGUUAUCAUGCCUUCUAAUUUUUUUCUUCACCACUCUCAGGCGCAAAACAUUUUUGCUCUUUUUGUUCAUGCCCUGCUCUUUUCCCUCAUCCUGUGCUGGUCCUGGAAGUUUUUCCCAAGCACAUUCUGAGGAUUUCAGCUUCCUCAAGAACACCCAUUUCUGUACAGCCAUUCAAUACAGGUAAUAAGCACAGGUGACUUGUUGGAACAUGUUCUUCAUAAAUGCCUAACUGCCAAAAAUCACUCAUUUCUGAAAGAAUCACCCAUAUCCAGCCAGUUAUGGAAUGCCAGUGUCUUUUGGCCUGGCUGGAAAAUGCUGAUUAUUUGCUGGGAUGGACCCAUCAAGAAGAAAGUAUACUGAUGUGCAGUAUUUUCUGUUUCUGUUCAGAGAUCAGCGAGUUUCAGGACAUCACUGAUGAGCUGGUGGGAGUCAUGAGUGGAUUGCAAGCUCAAGUAGAGCAAGAAAAAAUGGCAGCUAUUGGGGCGCGAAAUCUGGUGAAGUCCGUCACUAAGCAGAAGGAUGGACAUCAGCAAAAACUCCAAGCUCUGAUAGCGGAGAAACAGUUGGAGCUGGAGCGGAUGCGAUUCCAGUACGAGUCUUUGACGCAAGCUGAGGCGGAGCAGUUGGAGCUAAUUGAGCAGUUCCUUUUGCAACAAUGAGAUCCAGCAGGAAGUUAAGGACGAGUGUGCUGUGAACAUCAGGAGGCGGGUUGGAGUGGGUGAUCCCCAAUUCCUGGAUUCCUGCCAACAGAACAAGAAGAGAGGACAUACCCUCUCCUUUCAAUGCAUUCGUCUGCGCAUGCUGUUUCAAGACUGAUAACUGCUGUGUUUCAAUGAGUGAUCCACUAUAUAUCCCAUUUCGUUUGCUUUAAAUAGAGUCAAACCAUGAUCUUGAAGACGGGAAGCUGUCUUAAUCUGGUCACCGUAAUAGAGACUACAAAAGGAUGAAGAAAUUCAGCACAGUUCCCCGCCAUGCAUUGAUCAGACCCUUUCUGAAAAAAAACCGUGCGGUACAUGUGGAGUUCAUGUUUGUGUGCUGUAUUUGUGACCAACUUUGCAAUGAAAUUGGAUUAUACUGCAGAUUCUACCAUUUGGUCAAUUUUUACCACGUUUUUAUGAACUCACUUUCUUGUCUGU